CCUCUCCUUUUAUACAACGUCCGCCCUUUGCUAUUCAUUUCCUUUUCCGAUGUGGGACUUUUCUUCUCGUAACCUCCUAUAAAGUUCUAAAACCCUCCUUGUACCUCUCCCGGGCCCGGCCCGUGGCCCUGCCUCUUUUCUCUCUUCUUCAACUUUUUCUUCUUCUUCAACAGCGCCAUCGCCAUGCUUAGGACCAAAACCCUAGUCUCCCCCAGUCUGCGAACGCUCUCUCCUCUCGUCCUCCUCUCCUCCUCCUCCACCUACUCUUCUUCUUCGUGUAAUAAGGCGAGGGCACUUUUGUCUCCUUCCCUGAGAUCACCGCCGACUCCCAAGAAGAUCCCUUUCACCGUCGCCACCCAUGGGAGGACGUGGGACGAUCCCUACCACUGGAUGCGCAACACCGACGACCCCGAUCUCCGCGACCACCUCGACCGCGAGAACGCCUACGCGGACGCCUUCAUGGCCGAGGCCUGCGGACUCCGGAGGCAGCUUGCCGCCGAGAUGAGGGCUCGGGUCCCCGCCACGGUCGCCACUCCACCCGAGCGAUGGGGCCCUUGGCUAUAUUACCAGUAUAUUCCGGAGGGGAAGGAGUAUCCAAUUUUAUGCAGGAAGUUCAGCCAUCCUGAUGGUCUAGUUAAGACUCUUCUCGGUUACAUGCAUCGCUUUUCAAAAGAAGAAGUUUUGUUGGAUUGGAAUGAAAUUGCUGAACAAUUUGGCUAUGUUCACAUAGGGACUUGUCGGAUUUCUCCUGACCAUAAGUUCCUUGCUUAUACUUUGGAUACUUCUGGUAGUGAAGUUUUUGCGCUUCAAGUGAAAGACCUCCAAACUAAACACAUCAUUUCAAGUUCAGAAAACCAGAAUGUUGUUAGCUUAACAUGGGCUGGAGAUAGUGGUUCUUUACUAUAUACCAUUUGUGAUGAGACUCAGCGCCCCUACAAGGUACUCUGUAAAAUACUGGGAUCAGAUAAUGCGGAUGAUCCUAUUUUUACCGAACAUGAUCUGAACUACUGUGUGGAUAUCACUAGCACAAAAGAUUCAAAAUAUAUUACCAUUAAUUCUAAUUCAAGGACAUCAUCUGAGGUCUAUGUACUGAAUUCAACAAAUAUUAGAGGGGGUUUAUGGCCAGUACGAAAACGCAUGUCUGGAGUGCAAUAUUUUUUGGAACAUCACUAUGGUUUUUUCUAUAUACUUACUAACGCUCCUUCAGAGAACAUGGUGUCAACUAGUGGGGGAUAUUAUCUAGCUAGAUGUAGGGCUGAAAAGUCAUUACUGGACAAAUGGCAGGCUGUUGUUCUUCCCGAUCAAGAUACAACCUUUCAGGAUAUGGACAUGUUUCAUGGAAAUUUAGUACUUUUUCUUCAAAAAAAGGGGCUUCCGUUAUUCUGCUCCAUUGAUAUGCCGAUUGUCGAUAAUAUUGAGGGACCUAGGAAAGUUAAGGAUUUCAAUGCAUGGGUUUUUCCUCUACCCUCCAGCUUGUGCAAUAUUACUCCAGGUUCAAACAAUGAUUUCCUGUCAUCCGUGUACCGUGUUGUGGUAUCAUCACCAGUGAUCCCUGAUUUGACAGUUGAUUACGACAUGGAACAGCAAGUGUUUACUAUCCUACAUCAAGAAGAAGUCAUGGGCUUAACUGACCAAAAUAAUGCGAAUUCUCAUAGUUUAAAUUUGCAAUCCAACUGUUUAAGCAGUCAAUCUUAUCAAUUCUUGCACAAUAUAGAAGACUCACAAAGUUGGGGAGAUCUUUCUGAGUCGUAUUUCUGUGAGAGGAGGGAAGUUAUAUCUCAUGAUGGCUUUUCAGUGCCCUUAACAAUCUUGUUCUCUCGGGAAGCAUAUUGCGAUGGAGAAUCACCUGGCAUCUUGCAUGGGUAUGGAGCCUAUGGAGAAGUUUUAGAUAAAAGCUGGUGUUCUGAUCGUAUAAGCUUACUUGCUCGAGGUUGGGUUCUUGCUUAUGCAGAUGUCAGGGGUGGAGGAGGGGAUGUGUCAGUGCACCGGGCAGGCACCAAAGAAAACAAGCUUAAUUCGAUCUAUGAUUUUGCUGCAUGUGGCAUGUAUCUUGUUGCAGAGGGCUUUAUUCGUAAAGAUCGUCUGUGUGCCAUUGGCUGCAGUGCAGGAGGUCUUCUUGUUGGUGCUGUUAUCAAUAUGUAUAAUAAUUUAUUUUCUGCUGCAAUUUUAAAGGUUCCAUUUCUUGAUAUUUGCAACACACUGCUGGAUCCUAGUUUACCUCUCACUGUUUUGGACUAUGAUGAGUUUGGUGACCCUAGAAACAAAUCUGAGUUUGAGGCAAUUUGUGAUUACUCACCAUACGAUAAUAUAUCACCAAGGGCAUGUUAUCCUUCUAUGCUGGUUACAGCAUCAUUUCAUGACUCGAGGGUCGGAGUGUGGGAAGCUGCUAAAUGGGUGGCAAAGGUGAGGGAGAUGACAUGCCCCUCCUGUUCACGGUCGGUCAUUCUUAGAACUAACAUGCACGGUGGCCAUUUUGGCGAGGGCGGCCGAUUUAGCCACUGUGAUGAUGCUGCUUUCGAGUAUGCUUUUCUCAUUAAGUUAAGGAUGCAGGGUCAGUAAAGCUUCUUGGGAUGUGAAAACUAUUAAAACACCUGUGGAACCUACCGCAAUUAGUCAUCUGGGGCCUACAUUCCAUUAUUUUGGCGAGUCUCGGAGACCCUUCUAUGUGCAUGCAUUGGGAUUCCAUAUUCAAUUUUCCUCGCCUACUCGGAGCAGCAGAAGAAACAAAGGGAAGGUUGUUUCCUGUCUCCUCACUCUCUUUUACCAUAUUAAUCUCCUCCUCAUACACUUUUCAAUGUGGUGGUGUGGGUCAACAAUUAUUGUGUUUACAUGAACAUGCCUUUCUCUGAGUUUCUCUGUUCGCACAUCAAGAGAGCUGCUUCUGAAUUGUUAUCUCUUUCUUGAUGAUAGAACAGUCCUAGUCAAACUGGUCCCCCCUUUCCUAAAUAUUCAUCUGUUAGUUUUCUUGGCCAAAAUAGUUUUACUAGCUUCGUUCCUUCAUAGUGCUCUUUUCUUUUUUUUUCCUUUUUUGAAAAAAAAUGGGAAUAAACAGAUAAAAAGGUGAUCGUAAUGGCAUUUGUUAGUGCGCUAACCACUGAGUCAUUGAAAAUACCAUACAAGUUGGUCAUGAGCAUUUGGGGCGCACGUUUUCGGGGUCCAUCUUAGCUUUAUUUCAUGGCUUGGCAUUUGAAAUAAUAAUUGCCUAUUUAUUUUGGGUUAAAGUGGGUUCCACGGGCCGAGCCUGGGUUUGGAUCAUUUGCCAUGGAACUGUAGGAACGUAAUCUGUAAAAUUAGCAAUGUUUCAGCAAUUUGUACAAAUAUAUGUAUUCUAAACAUGACAUUCUAACGCUCCUGAUGUAUACGGGCCAACCAUUUUAUAAA